AUGGGCGAUUCGCAGCCGGAUGAAGUAAAAGCAGUCAUCUGCGAAUUCCUCCCUCGACCCUCCCAACUGCAGAUCAGUUUGGCGCCCCUCGACCCAUCAGAUUGGGUCCCUCGCUUCGAUCCAAUGGAGCGGUCCCCGCUGCAGUUCCUCGCAGUGUGCCGCCACGCAGAGCGUGCGGACGAUGUGGGGGCGCUGGUGCAGGGGCUGCCCUGGUGCUUGAUGCAGGACUCGCAGCAGUGGCCCUACGACCCCCCGUUGAGCGAUGCGGGGCUGGUGGCGGCGGAGGAGCUGGGCCAGAAGCUGCAGAGGACGCUGAAAGAGUUGGCUGGGUGGGCUGAGCUGACAGGCCUGGCCAGCAGGCGGGUUGCUGCUUGGGCUGGGCCUGACAGCGAGCUGCACGUGGUGGUGACCUCGCCCUUCCUGCGCUGCGUGCAGACGGCGGCGCUGAUCUGCCGCCAGGUGCGGGGCACGAGGCUCCUCAUCGACAACUCCCUAGGAGAGAUCUAUGGCCCGUGCAUCAUGGGGGACCAGGAGCCGCUGCGCCCGGUGCGGCCGCUGACGGCCUCCUCGGAGUUCUGCAGCGCGCAGGGCGUGGAGUGCCUGGAGGUGGGCAAGCUGCUGGGCAAGUGGCCGCUGUGGCCGGAGACGUUGCGCGAGGCGCGGCGCCGCUUCGCCAACCGGUUCACGGAGUACCUGAAGCGCGGCAGCGCGGUGCACCGGAACUUCGUGCUGGUCUCCCAUGCGGACUGCGUGGGGGCGGCGUUGGCCCUGAUCCCCGCGGGCACGGGGCGUCACAACAUCGAGAAGGUCCACUUUGGGGGCCACUUCGUGGCUCUGCGCCCCAAGGAGGUGGAGAAGGAGGAGGUGGAGUUGGACCGUGCGCUCUUCAGCGUGGAGCGGCGCUUGCUUCGGGCCCACGCCGGCUGCGAGGAGCCGCUGAACACGCACCACGUCACCCGGGGUGGGCGGACCUUUGCGGCUGCCUACAUCCGUCGCGAGGAGGCGCUGCAAGCGGUUUGCGCCAAGCGCGAGUGGUCGGGCAUCCAAGGCUUCACGCAGGAUGCGCAGAUGAUGAUGGACGUCAGCGACCUUGGCAGCCAUCCCGGCUGCGAGAACGGCAUCUCGCUGGGUGAAGGCUGGCGCCUACAGAUCUCCGGGGUGGUGGUGCGGGGCCGCCGCAAGAGCCUCGCCAUGCCUUCCCCCCAGGAGGGGCUCGAGGUGGUUCGAGAGUGGGGUGUGCCGCUGCUCCUUUCUGCGCCAGAGGUGGCACCAGAGGGACAAAGGUGGCAGGUCCUAGAGGCUCUGCCGGAGGCGCCUUUGGGCCUGGAGGAGCGCCGAAGGUCCAGCGGCAGAUUCUCAGUGCAUUCCCUGGAGCUCUUCGCAGGCUCCGCCUCCAUGAUGACCUGUGAGCAGAUGACCCCGAGGCCAACCUUGGGAACCAUGGACUGCACUGAGGACAUGGAAGCUCAUGAUGUGUGGGAGGGCCAGGAGAUCGGCCACGUGCGGACGGACAGCUACCUGGUUGCGCAGAAUAGCCUGGCGCCUCCCGGCUCGCAGCGCCCAUCCAUCAUCAGGCGGCGCUCCCGCACCGCAUCGACGCCGGAGGUUGUGCCGGAAGGCGUGGUGCUGGAGGGCGCAGGUGCUCCAGUGGUCCCGGGUGCGGUGCUUUUGGGAAAGGAGGCCAAGCUGCAAAGCGAUGACCAGUCGUCGGAGGUUAAGGAGGACACCCCGAGGCUGUUGGUGCUACCUUCAGUGGCCUCGCCUUUGAGAAGCACAGACGAAUCGCAGUUUCUCCCAGACAAGUCUCCUUUGUACCAGCGUCGCAGACGAAAGGGGAUCUGCAGCGAGGACUCCAUUGCGAAUCUCUCCACGUCUGACGGCAGCAACUGACUGCCUGGCUUCCCUCAUCGAGGGAGUCCCUCAUCGAGGGAGUCCCUCUAUGGCUAGGUCCCCCAGUAGUGCCCUUUUGCCCUUUUUUGCGGGAGGGUUCCCCUACUAAAAUAGACUACAGAAAAAAGGUACCCUUAUUCUAACCUCUCUACUGGAGGACCUAGUAUAGCUGAUUAUGUGCCAUGGCUGGAGGACAGACAGAGCCACGGA